GCGAUUUGUUGCUGUCUCGCGUCGAGAACUGCGCCGUGUUUCCGUCCUAGCAGCACGAGAAGGCCAAGUGUCAUGGCAGACAGGCGGAUAACGAGACGCAUGACCGGGCCGGAACCGAACCGGACCACCGCAGCUCGGGCCACGUCUAUCGCCGAGCUGCUGCAGCAUGAAUGCUCCAUCCUGCUGGAGCUUUACAGAAAAAAAGAGGGCUUCACUUCAGAUCUUCCAGUGGGUGAUGGUCGUCUGGUGUCUGUCCCACCUCUGUCCUCCCAGCUGGACAGCAGAGACAAGCUCUGGCGUGUCCACUCUGCUCUGCUACAGUGCCGCAGCUUGAUGGAGAGAUCCAUCAUCAAGGAGGAUGAGGAAUUUGGCACUGAUAUCGGUGAGUAUGAGAGCCAGAGGAACAUGGUGAAAGACAGACUAUCGCUUCUUCUUGCCAACACAGCAGAACUCAAAGCCAUCGAUGGCACUGUGGUCCUGAGUCCCAUGUUAGAGGUAAAUGCUACAACCAAUGUGUUUGAUUUGAAGAUUUGGAUAUACCGGAUCUUCAAAGAGUUGGACCAUUGGACCAAGACAGCCAUCACUGUUUUACAAGCUCUGUCAUCAGUCACACCAAAAGAAAGAGCUAGACGGGUCAGGAGCACAAGAAGCACCAGGAGAUGAGGUGCAGAUGCAAGGAAAAGUGUAACAAAAACCCAAGAAAAGAACUGAGAGAAUGUCAAAGAAAUGUAAGAUGAUCAGGUUAAAGCAGAUGAAUGUGUUUCGUUGGUGUCAGAGUGAAAAAUGGGCAAAAAGAAGAGCGAUAACUUCCAACAUGUCUUGACUUCACUCGGGGGUUUAAUGAGGAUGGAAUGAGUGCCCCCCCCCCCCCCCCCACACACACACAUGCAAGUUGGAUGUGAAAAAGGUUCAAUACUGUAGAAAAGUUAUUGCUUUAUUAUUAUCAUUAUUAAAAUGCUGUUUUUGUAAGGACUUUUAUUUACCUGCUGUAGAGCAAUGAGGUCUUCAGUCCAGGAAGCAGCAUUAAUAAUAAUAAUGUUUGUUGGCACUUUUUUAAAGUUAGGAUACACUUGGACACAGGUUUAUAUUUAUCUGUUUCUUAUUUGCUUACUAUGUAAAAUCCCGUUUAUCUCUUUUACAUGCCAGCUACGAAAGGGAAGUGGUUUUUCCCUUCCAGGUGAUGCAGCUGAAUGAGAAAUCAGCCAGCAGGGGGCGCAAAUGUAUGGAUGAAAAUGACAACACUGAAUUCAUGUUGUCACAUGUCUGGUAUGUGAUCAAUCCGAGUACUGUAGCUGCAAAUCAGUUGAGCUCAACUUACACACAAAAUCUAUGCAACAUCGCCCUCUGGCUGUUCCAUGAGUUAAUUAAUUGCUUUAUUCCUUUCUCAGUUUAUCUUGAAUUUCUUUGCUAAAUGAGAACAUUAUAUAUAUUAAUCUUUCAAAGUUUUUCAUUAGCAAGGUCACCAGGGUUAGUAUGGACCAAAAACAAACAAACAAAAGAGGCAAGAAGACAUCAGUAUUCCUAAAGCGUAUUUUUGGGCGCACAAGUGAGGAGCAAGGUGGAGAAAAUCUGCACGAUGAAAGAUUACAUGGCAACAUGAAUAUGGUUUCAUUUAUUUAUCAGUAUUUGAGUAUGGCUUUCAUUUAUUUAUCAGAAUUUUGUAAUUUUGUAAAUAAAGUUAUUUUGUUA